CCAUUUUUAGCCCGGCUAAAACGAUAAACUAGUCUAAAAAUACACCAAAAUAUAAACACGGGGAUUUUGACGUGGAAACCCAAAUCGGGAGAAAACCACGGGCCUUUUUUGGCGGUACCUUGCCAACGGGGAAUUUUUAUUAAUAUCGGGGGUGUGUACACGGUACAUGAAAUGGGCUUGGAAGCCAUUAAUGGUGGAGCUAGAAGCUCUUGAAGAAGAAGGAAAAACACUCUAAAAACUUUCUAAAGAGGGAGAUAGAGAUAUGCAAGAGANCCCCCCCCCCCCCCCCCCCCCUUAACAUUGAGGGGGAGUCCUCCUUUUAUAGGGGAGGAGGGGAAGCAUAUUCGGGGAAUAUUCUCUUAUUCCUCCAUUUUAUUAAACAAGUCCGGUUUGACUGUUCUUCGUAAAUAAUUGGGAAAUGUGGGCCGAGCCACGUAUUAUUUCCCAUCAAGAAGUCCUCCACUUUUUUAAGUUGUGAGAAUCAUCAACUUAAAAAAGUAAAUAAGUCCUCUGAAUGUAAUCUUCAGUCUUCGUACUUUGGAUUCUUGACCGGUUGAUAUUAUUGAUAGUCCUCCGAGUCUUCAUUAAUUCUCUAAUUUCUUGAAUCAGAAGGUCUUCCUGCAAAAAUAAUAUGUACAACAUUUUUUUUGACCGGCCUAUGCCGUGCCCAAAUAAUUAUUAUCUUUACCGAGGAGCUCGGUGUUAGGGUGGUUAAAAUUCGCGUGAAUAAUCAUCGUAACAAGAGCGAUGUCAGUUCGAUAAAGCAACGAUGCUUCGAGUAGUUAUACGACACCGGAGUUAGUACGAUGAAGCGGCGGUGCUUCAAGUAGUUAUUUCGUCGAGACCGAUGUCAGUACGGAUUAAGUAAAUGAUACAUAGCGAAAUUAGCAUAUCGAAGUAAUCGAUGUUACUUAAUACGAAUUAAGUAUGUUGCAGCAACUUUGUCGAAGAUCGAUGCUAGCCCAGCUAACUGAUGCAAAUAUCUUCAUGUCAUGCAGAGACCACUUCCGGAGUGCCUUGUUCAAAAGGCUUGAAGAAUCGGGCGUCCCCGAUAAGAGCUCAGCUGAGACACCGGUGUACCCAAUUCGAUUGGGUUCAGACUUACGAGAAAAUAUGUGCAAGACCGGUGUGUAUACAAUUCUUGGCCUGUCUCGCGCACAAGAACGAUAUUUACCAGCGUGCCAGGCCGGGCCUGUGUCACAUAUUUUAAUAUUUUUUUAUUAUAUUGAGCAAGACCGGUGUAGUAACCAGCGUGCCAGGCCGGGCCUGUGUCUUAGUCUUCCUCUUUUUUUUUAAUACUGAGCAAGACUGGUGUCGUAACCAGCGUACCAAGCUCGGCUUGUGUCUCAGUCUUCCCUUGAAAAUGGUCCAUCAAUCGGUUUGAUUUGUUGAGAAUAUGUCACAGAUCCUUGAUAGAGUCUAGGAACAUGUGGACAUCAUGAUAAUACGGAGCAUUACAAAAGCUCACAAUCAAAAUGGAGCCCACCAAAAUCCACUUUGUAUAAUUUUGUGGAGCAACAAUUGUGCCUUUGAUCCUCAUCUUUGAUACGGAAUAUCUUCUUUUUUAAUUGACAGCUGUACAAGACCAGUAAUAAUUUGAGAAGGGGCUCUUAUUGCCAUGUGAAUUCCACGAACUUUCCACCACAUAUUCAAAUAAUGGUAGGCCCAUAUCAUUAGCUCAUCACGUGCAUCAUCUCAACUUGUCUACUUUUCUUUUAACCUUUUGCACUUGGACUUUUUGAAAGCGAAAUCCAUCUUGUUGUUAUUGUCUUCUGGGAGGAACUGAUGAACUGGUACCACGUCAAUCAGCAUCAACACCUUCGAAGGACAUUAUCGGAGCCAGAGCCACGGCGGGAAGCAAUCCGGGAUGAGAUUCAGCGGAACCACGACCUCCGAAGGGCGGUUAUGAUGGCUUUGUUCUUCGGCAAGGCAAACAGUAGCAGGAGCAGUUUACGCCAGCUCCGAACGGCGGUCAUGAUGGCACUACUAUAAAGCCAGUUGCGGAGCAUGGUCUUGUUCUCCGAGGCGGGGCGGAGUGACGGCAGCAGACCUGAGGUGCAAGAACGACUAAUAUUGACGGCGGCAGAUCUGAGGCGCAAGAAAGACAUCAGAUCCGAGAAACAAUGGCGGUGAAAGCAAGCAUAGGUUCUAACAGUGGAGAUGAUAGACUUUCAGCAUGGUAGUCUUUGAUUUGGGCAAGGUGACAACCCAACAAUGGUGGUGGUGAUCGACUUCCCCGGCGGUGAUGAAUUGCUUCUAGCCACCAUGGCGGUGGACUCCCAUCACGGAUUCAUGUAGCGGUAGAUUUUUAAGAACGGUGGCUAUGGAUAUUAGCCCGUAGUAGAGUAGUGGCGGGGAUGACGAUAGAUCUUUGUAGCAGCAUCAGUGAUUUACUUCGUCGGCGGCGAUCAUUGGCUUCUAUCGGGGUUUGAUUUUUUCCGGCGUGGUGGCCCACGGCUUUGGCCGCGGCGGGACCAAAAACAGCCAUCUGGUGACGGAUGCGCACAAGUGUCGGCAGUGGCGGGGAUGACGACAAAUCUUUGUAGCGGCGUCGGCGGGCUUGAGCAGCGGCGGCGGCAGGUUUGAGCAUCAGCGGCAACGGCAGCUCUGAGCAGCGACGGAGGCGGCAGAUUUGAGCAGCGGUGGCGACGGCGGACUUGAGCAGCGGUGGCGGUAUGUUUGAGCAGCGACGGGCGGUGAGAUCUCCAUGGCAAAGACACAGAUCCCUCCAAAAUAGUGACAGUCUUCAUCUCCCUCUACUGAUUUAUUCUUCCCCUUUUCCAAUUCUCAACCAUUUCACUUUCAAGAAAAUGAAAUGCUCUCUUGAUCGGAGUAUCCAAAGUUUUCUCCUCUUUUUUUUGUUUCUCACCCUUUAGGCUCUGUCAGAUGGCCGAACAAAAAAUGAAGCUUUUUGCUCGGGUCCCACGGUCGGCGCCAAAAUGAUGGUGUAAAUUAUUGACCGGUAUACCGCUUUUAGCCCGGCUAAAACGAUAAACUAGUCUAAAAAUACACCAAAAUAUAAACACGGGGAUUUUGACGUGGAAACCCAGAUCGGGAGAAAACCACGGGCCUUUUUUGGCGGUACCUUGCCAACGGGGAAUUUUUAUUAAUAUCGGGGGUGUGUACACGGUACAUGAAAUGGGCUUGGAAGCCAUUAAUGGUGGAGCUAGAAGCUCUUGAAGAAGAAGGAAAAACACUCUAAAAACUUUCUAAAGAGGGAGAUAGAGAUAUGCAGGAGAUGAAUGAGUGAAUGGCCCCCCUUAACAUUGAGGGGG